AUGGAUGGCAAAAAUGGACGUUUCACAUACAAUGCUCUACCUGAUGCGGCGACGCAUAUACGGCUGAUCGAAGUUCAUAAUGCCCCUCAAGACGGUGGCCGUAUUGAGAUUGAAAUUUCUAGUUGGCCUCUUGCAGAGGUUCCAGAGUACCAAGCUGUAUCAUACACCUGGGGCGAGGUCACAUCGACGGAGACCAUUCUUAUCCGUGGCUAUCCAGGCUCACUCCAUGUGCGCCGAAACUGUGCCGAUGUCCUGCGUCAGGCUUUUCAUUUCAAGCCUGAUGGCCCAGCUUACUUUUGGGUUGACGCAAUUUGUAUCAAUCAGCAAGACAGUGCCGAGAAGAGCUAUCAAGUUGCCAUGAUGGGAGAUAUCUUUGAGAACGCCGAGUGCGUCUUCGCGUGUGUUGGCAUGCACGACGAAUCAAGCGAAUUUCUUGCCAAAGCUCUUCACGAUUUUGAGGCUAUGCUCGAAGCAGGUGGCGGGUCGCUAUCAUCUGUAUUUAGUGAGGAGAAUGAAGAAUCUGCAGAUGAUGGAGCCAGAGGCACAAGUUUGUCGCCUAAAGAGCAAUGUCUGACUCUAUGCGGCCUUUGGUUCCAGCGAAUCUCGGACGAGAAUGGCCUGAGAUUUAUGCAAGCUUGCGAUGAGUUCCCGAAGAGAAGCUAUUUCUGGCGAAUCUGGAAUUUGCAGGAGUUGUACCUAGCUCGAGAAAUCCGAAUCAUCUGUGGAUUCAAUGAGUUGUCUCUGGCAUCUUUGCUCUUCUGGUGGAGGUACUCCAAACUUUACUUUUCUCAACUAUUCGUUGAGAAGCUUCCACAAGAGUACCUGGAGAAAGCACCUUGGACCGACGGAGAAUAUAUUCUCGAUCAAGGAGGUUCAGGACUUGGGGACGUUUUUGAAGACAUGUUAUGCAACAACGUCCGUCCUCAACCGCGUGGUAAAAUGGAAAUGUGCCAAGAGAAAGUGAUUGAGCUCUGUGAGCCUCGUCACUGUCAAGAUCCCCGUGACAUUAUUUACGGGACGCUACGGAUUAUGGAUUGGGAUGGCAUUGAGCCUGACUACUCCAAGCCAACUUGGGAGCUGGCGACGAACACCAUGAGCAAAUUUGGCAGUACGAGAGAAUUGCUGCAAUUCAUUGGAAGAUUACAUAUCAGCCGCGAUGACCCCGAGCUCUCUGAUCUUGUCCAUAGUAGGCUGGAAUCUGCAGACCUUACCGAAAAGCUGGAUGAGACAGAUAUUCCCGAGUUUCCCGACGAAAAAUACUUUCCCGCUGGGGGGUUUCAGCUCACUCCUGACUCCUCGUGGAGGAUCAUUCGAGCUCAGAAGGACGGGGCUGAUUUUUGUCGUAUCAUUGGCCCUUCAGGGAAACCUUCCGCUGUUGCCCAUACCAACGUACAUCUGGAUGAUUGGUUGGUGCGUACGACUAGACAUGCCGGUGUCAUACUUCGCCGUAUCAAUUAUUUCUACCAAGUAGUUGGCCCAGUACGCUUUUUAUCCGAGUCAGACCUCCCUAAUGAGCUAUCAGCCUUCUUGUUGUUCUUCGAUCCGGAAGAUCUUGUGGUUCAUUUAGCACAAGAUGAUUGCCGCUCCGGAGAGUUUGAGACUAUGGAAGAUGAAGAUACGAGUGUCAUUGCGUCUCUACAAGUCCGUGUCUGCAAAAACAAACUAUCUUCUUGGGCUUGGAGGCCCGAGAAGGAAUGCUUCUUUAAUAUGUAUGGCUUUUUAGACAUGAAGCCGGAUGUUAUUCUUCCAACACUUACUUGUCUGUACAAGCUUUUCACGACGCUGAAUGCAUACCGAAAAGCCGGCAUAGAUGUCGACAGCUCAUAG